AUGCCUUUGAAAGCUGCUACUGUUGUGUCUGCUACAACAGCUGAGAAGCCUAAGAAGAGGUAUCCGGGUGAGGCAAAAGGGUUUGUGGAGGAGAUGAGGUUUGUGGCUAUGAAGUUGCAUACAAGGGAGCAAGCGAAGGAAGGGGAGAAGGAGGUGAAGGAGAAAGAAGAAGAGGCUGUGCGUAAAUGGGAGCCUUCUAUUGAUGGGUACUUGAAGUUUUUGGUUGAUAGCAAGUUGGUUUAUGAUACCCUUGAAGCGAUUGUUGAAAAAGCUGCCUUUCCUUUUUAUGCUGAGUUCAGGAAUACUGGAUUGGAAAGGUCUGAAAAGUUGACAAAAGAUUUGGAGUGGUUCAAAGAGCAAGGCUAUACCAUUCCAGAACCUUCUUCUCCUGGUGUUACCUAUUCCCAGAUUCUGCAGGAAUUGUCAGAGAAGGAUCCUCAAGCAUUUAUUUGUCACUUCUACAACAUAUAUUUUGCCCACUCUGCUGGUGGUCGAAUGAUUGGGAGGAAGGUGGCUGAGCAGUUACUUAACAACAAGGAGUUAGAAUUUUAUAAAUGGGAUGGUGACCUUUCCCAGCUGUUGCAGAAUGUCAGGGACAAAUUGAAUAAAGUCGCGGAGAGCUGGACCAGAGAGGAGAAGAACCACUGUUCCCAAACUUUGAAUCGCAUGGGUGAUGAUGAUGGCAUUAUGGCAUCAACGUGGAAUCUUGCCUUAUGGCCUAUAUCUAUCUCUCCUACCUUGCAGCCUCAUGUUCUGAAAUCCUUCAAUCCCAAAAAUACUCAGGCUGCGAAGAGCUGUCCAUACACACUUGUUAUAAAGACCAGUUGCUCCUCUAAAACUUACACCAGAGACAAAAUCAGUCUAGCUUUCGGGGAUUCCUAUGGCAACGAGGUCUAUAUAAAGAGGCUUGAUGAUCCAUCAUCUGGAACAUUUGAGAGGUGUUCAACAGAUACAUUCCAGAUAAAUGGACCAUGUGUAUACGAUGUCUGCUACCUGUACAUGCUUAGAACAGGAUCAGAUGGGUGGAAACCGGAGAGUGUGAAGAUCUACGGUCCAUAUACCAAGACUGUUAAAUUCAACUACAAUAAAUUCCUUCCAAAUGGGGUGUGGUAUGGGAUUAAUGUCUGCCGUCGUGCAUCUCUGUCAACAGCAAUUAUGUAG